AUACUGUUGUCAAAACAACCGUAGCUUGUACAAAAAACUUUGAGAAUAAAUAUAAUAUUUAAGUUUAGUAAUCAUGGCAGCCUCUAUGCGAGGAAUAAAUCCAGAGCUGAAAAAAUACUUGAAAGAUCAUCGCUUGACAGAUAUUUAUGAGGCCUUGCUUACUGGAUUAGCAGUUAUGACCCCAAAAAAUCCAUACGAAUUUCUUAUAUAUAAGUUGAAACAUCUUGAUGAACUAAUGAGUAAAGAUAAAAGAGUUGAGAUGAGAUGGGAUAUGUUUGUACCUGAGAGUAAGAAACCAAAAGAAAAGAUAAUAGCGGAGAGUAAUCUCGAUUAUAUAUUUAAUUUUGAUGAAAAUAUUCAGCCAACAGAAGAGAUGAUUGAGAAGGCUUAUGUUUAUUAUAAUAGAAAGUUAAAGUCUAUGAGUUAUAACGCAUGGAUGCAAUACAUCUUAAGACAAAGGAGGAAACAUGCUUUAGAAAGAGCUAAUUGCGCAAAAGCGGAUAUUCAUUAUAAGCAUAGAAUUUUAAGAGUUCAAUUAAAACAAUGGAUGAAUUGGGUUAAGUAUAGAAAAGGAAGACAAAGAGUUGCAUUCAAUAAAAUUGAACAUAUCUUCAAUGUAUCGGUGAGCAGAGUGAUAUUCGAAGCAUGGCAUCAUGUAACACUAGAAGCUAAAACAACAAGAGAAUAUUUUGAGAGAUUAGAAAGAGGUGAGAAUAUGGACGAUGAGUCAGAAAUGUUUGGAAAAUCUACUGGAGAGGCUAGAGAUGAUUUAUCAAUGUUACCUAGACAUGUAGCAAUAAAGAUAUUAUCGCAUUUGGAUUUAUACGAUCUAGCAAAUUGCUCAUGUGUAUGUAGAUCUUGGAAAGUAAUUGCUCAAUCUAGUCAAUUAUGGAGUAGGUUGGAUUUUUCAAAAAUGCGCCAUAGGGUAACAGAUCUGACAACGACCAAAUUACUUUACCGAUGUAGGCCUUAUCUGGUUCAUUUAAAUCUCAGAGGGUGCGAUCUAAUAACAAAUAAAACUUUUUGGAGUGUAAGAGAAUGCAGAAAUUUACAAGACUUGAAUUUAUCCGAUUGUUAUGCAGUUAAUGACGAAUCUAUGAGAGUCAUUACGGAAGGUUGUAAAAUAUUGCUGUACCUAAAUCUAUCAUUUACGGAAAUUUCUGACGCUACUCUAAGAUUAUUGGGAAAGAACUCAAUGAAUCUUCAAUUUUUAAGUUUGGCUUAUUGCCAUAAUUAUACGGAUAAAGGUUUGUCAAUGUUGUCAAAAAGUCCUGGUGCCUUAAAACUAGCUUAUUUAGAUAUUUCGGGUUGUAUGCAAAUAACACCCGACGGUUUUCGUUAUUUGGCAGAUGGUUGCUCAAAUCUGCAAAGUAUUAUCUUAAAUGAUAUGCCUACUUUAUCGGACGAAUGCCUUAAUUCAAUUGCUUCAAAAUGUUCAAGAAUAAGGAAUUUUUCGGCAUUGGGUGUUAAUCAGCUAACUGACGAAGCAUUUAAAGCUUUUUCACAAAAGAAUAAAAGACUACAAAAGGUCAAACUAAGCCAAAACCCAAAAUUGACUGAUGUAACUUUUAAACACUUGGCAAAGAACUGUACAUUAGAAGUGAAAUAUUUAUGCAUAACUGAUUGCUAUACUUUAACGGAUUCAGCUUUAAAAUGGAUUAGAGAUUGUAAAUAUCUUACGGUACUAAAUCUGGCAAACUGUGUUAGAAUUUCCGAUGCCGGUGUAAAAGCAAUAGUCGAAUCUUCAGUUGGACCAAAAUUAAAAGAACUAAAUCUUACAAAUUGCGUUAGAGUUGGAGACUUGGCUGUUAUAGCUAUUCAUAAAAGGUGCCAAAGUUUGUCAUAUUUAAGUCUUUGUUACUGCGAUCAUAUAGAUCAUGCUGGAAUUGAUUUGUUAGGCCUAAUAUACUCUCUAACUUCUCUUGAUAUUACUGGAUGCCAGUGUACAGAUCAGGAAUUGUCAGCUUUGGGUCAUAGUUCAAAGAUAAGAUAUUUAACGUUAUCUGAAUGUGAACAAAUAACUGAUCUUGGUAUCCAAAAAGUUGCACAAAUCUCAGCUUUAGAGUAUUUGGACAUUUCUCAUUGCGAUUUACUGACCGAUUCGGGAAUUAAGAAUUUGGCCUUUUGCUGCAGAAUGCUAACAAACUUGAACAUAUCCGGCUGUAAAAAAUUGACUGACCAUUCUGUUCAGUAUAUAUCUGGUGUAUGUCAUUAUCUUCUGAUACUAAGCUUGAACGGACUAUUGGGACUUUCGGAUAAAUCUCUAAAAUUUAUCAAAAGAGGGUGCAGGCGUUUACAAGUAUUGAACAUUUUCUAUUGUUGUAAUAUGACAAAACCAGCAGUUGCUAAAAUGAAACGUUAUGUGCCAACAGUUAACUUUAGCGAUGAACUACCUCCUAGUACAUUUUCGUAUUAA